UCAACAUGGCGGAAUAAACUUGAAUCAGCAGUUUUAAUUUUUUUGCACACAUGGAAGGUUACUGACUUAAGAAUAAAGAAAUGUUUCAGAAGCCUUUUCGAGUGAAAUCUAAUACUUCUAUUCGCGGAUCCGAUCGGCGGAAACUUAGAUCAGAUGUUAGCAAGGCUUUUCCCAAUUUAUCACAAGAUGAAAUCACUGAAAUUAUUCCAAACAAAGAAGAAAUUUCAGUGAUGCGUCUCAUGACACAUUAAGGACAGAAUGUUACAGUUUUUUGUCUCAGUGGAGAACCAAUAUUCUUUGAAGUUGAAAAGAAAGUUUUCCCAACAGACCUAAUGCUUCCUGGUGUGAUCCUGCCAUGUGAGGGGCUCUCAGCUCUGGGAAGAUUUGAGAGAGGUACACUUUGCAGUGUAUGUCUCAAGGGUAACAGAGCUCCUGUAGCUGUUGGAACAACAUUAGUGUCAAGUAAGGACUUAUUAGAGGAUGGUUUGCGAGGAAAAGGAGUGAAGAUUGAACAUGUCUACCUAGACCAGUUGUGGGCACAGGGAAGUAAAACUCAGUUGCCACAGCUGAAUGAGACAAAUGAACAGGUUGAAAUGGCUAAUGUUAAUGAUCAUAUGCAAGAACUGUCAUUUGAUGAAACUGAGGACAUUAAUCAUAAGGAGGUUGAAGAGACUGAAAGCUCAGAGGGCUUUGCUCAGAGAGAUGGUAGGAGAGAGGAAGAAGUUUCAGUUCAGGAAAGCAAUGGACUGAAUCCACUGUCAACCAGUGUUACAAAUGCAGACAGUGAUGAAGUUGGACAAGAAUUCUUAGAGUUUGAAGGUGAAACAAAUUCACAGGACAAACUUUUAGAAAAUAUGGAUGAUCUUUUAGAAUACUGUUUCUUUUGUUCCUUGAUGAGAAUGAAGAAAGUAGAACUUCCUGUGUUGACCAGUACAUUUUCCAGGAGUUAUCUUUUGCCUUCCUGCCCAGAGGGGAAGUCAGUUGAUAUCAAGAAAUCCUCGUACAAAAAACUGUCGAAAUUCCUUCAGUGCAUGCAAGAGAGAGGUUUGAUAUCGCUACAAGAGGCGUCCAAAGGAGUCGAUCAUAUCACCAGAAUAGCUUGGGACCAUCCAGAGCUGAAGGAUUUCAAAGCAAAUGCGCCAGCUGUUGACAGUGUCAGCGCUGAAACGAGCUCUCCGUCUUGCAGCGCAGAGCCUCCAUGUAUAGAGGAGCUGUUCUCUGUAUCUGCAGCAUUGUUACCGAUAUUUUCCGAAUUUGGAUUCAGGAAAAAUGAUAUUAUAAACCAUGCUGGUGUCCGGUCGACCAUGACGAAUUACGUGAAAGCUCACGACCUUGUGUCGAAUGAGGACAAAAGAAUGGUUUUGCUAGAUCCCAGCUUGACUAAAAUCCUCUUAAACAAACAUGAGGAUAUCGAAGUUCUCCCGUGGGAUCGACUCUUCGAAAGAGUGUCGUCGAAAAUGAAUAACUGUCAUCGAAUAACACUUCCAGGCCAGGAGCCGAUCGUAAGGAAAGGAAAAAUCGAUUCCAUCGAAAUUAAAGUGGAACAACGAAUGGGUAACAAAAAGGUCACGUUGAUCCGCAAUCUUGAGUCCUACGGGAUCGAUCCUCAAGAAUUUGCACAUAAUGUGCAAAUUAAGGCUGCAUGUAGUACUUCAGUUUCUCAGCUUCCGGGAAAACAUACUGCGCCCGGAUUGCAGGUUUUAGUGCAGGGAAACCAAGUGGCCAUUGUGGCGAAAUUUCUCCUAGAUGAAUACAAGAUCCCUAAGAGGUACAUCAGUGGACUUGACAUACUCAAAAGCGGCAAGAAAAAGAAAAAAUAAAUCUGAUGAUAAUAUUAUUUUGAACUUAUAAAUUAUGAAAUAAAGAUAAAUUGGCCCUCUACAUGGUGCUUUCCUCUGGUUUCGAUUCGCUGAAAAGAAAAAUUUAU